AUGAAGCUGCCUGUUCUUUUUCUUUUGUUUUGCUUUCUCGACCUGUUGAAGACAGUAAAAGCUGAAAUGAAAGACACCCUUUUUUGCUUUCUCAAGAAAGGCAAAUGCAGACAUGUGUGCAUGAAUGUUGAAAAGAGAGUUGGUCCCUGCACAAAACUAAAUGCUAACUGCUGCAUAUUUGUGCGUGACAUGAGAGCCAUCAUUCCUGAAGAUCAAAGAACAGUAAGUAUAAAGAUUAGAAAUAAACAGAACUAG